UCUAACCCCCAGCAUCUCAGAAUGUGACUGUAUUUGGAAAUGGGGCCUUUAAGGAAGUGAUUAAGUUAAAAGGAGGUCAUGAGGGUGGGCCCUAAUCCAGUCUGACUGGUGUCCUUAUAAGAGGCGAUUAGGACACAGACACACACAUAGGAAAGGCUGUGUGAGGACGCAGGGAGGAGCUGGCCAUCUACAAGCCAAGGAGAGAAGCCUCAGAAGACAUCAACCUUCUCGGCACCUUGAUCUUGGACUUCCAGCCUCCAGAACCGUGAGAAGAUAAAUUUCCACAGGACGUGGCCUUUUCCCCGCCGUUGGCCGGAGCCCUGGGUGCUCGCCUGUGAAGACGGGCCCGCCAUGUUCUAUGGGACCCACUUCAUCAUGUCCCCGCCCGCCAAGAGCAAGCUGAAGCGGCAGGGCCAGCUGCUGUCUGGCGUGCUGUCCCGGACGCUGAGCUACAAGUACCGCGACCUGGACGCCACCUGCUCCGGCCUGGGCGCCGGUGACGACCCCGCCGAGCUCUCCACCCAGCUCUCAGCCCCCGGGGUCCUGAAGGUGUUCGGGGACAGCGUGUGCACGGGCACCCACUACAAGAGCGUCCUGGCCACCGGCACGUCCAGCGCCCGCGAGCUGGUGAGGGAGGCCCUGGAGCGCUACGCCCUGAGCCCCGAGCGCGCCGGCCAGUACGUGCUGUGCGAUGUGGUGGGCCAGGCCGGCGAGGCCGGGCGCCAGUGGCAGGCCCGGGGCUUCCGCGUGUUCGGCGACAACGAGAAGCCCCUCCUGAUCCAGGAGUUAUGGAAACCCCGAGAAGGCUUGUCCCGGAGGUUUGAGCUGAGAAAGAGGUCGGAGGUGGAGGAGCUGGCUGCCAGGGACGUGGACACCGUGACGGCAGGGAUAAACGCCCAAGCCCGGAGGCUGCAGCGGAGCCGUGCCAAGGGAACCCCGGCCCCGGCGGCGGGGGGUGCCUGGAGCCCCCCUCCACCCCGGCUGCGCCGCACGGUCAGCGAGACCAGCCUGAGCUCGGCCGCCGCCCCGCCGGCUGCCGCCCGGGGCCCCGAGGAGCCCGGCCAGGACGCCAUGCGCGGCUCCCUCUACGCGUCGCCGCACCUGCUGCUCCUGCAGGGCUACAGCCAGCAGCACGACAGCCUGGUCUACGUGCUCAACCGGGAGCGGCACACGGUGGGCCAGAGGACCCCCUCCAGCAAGCCCAGCAUCAGCCUCUCGGCCCCCGACAUCCUGCCCCUGCACUGCACCAUCCGCAGGCGCCAGCCCCCGGGCCGAGAGCAGGCGGGGGCACAGCUGGUCCUGGAGCCCAUCCCUGGGGCGCCCGUCUCAGUCAACUUCUCGGAGGCGGGGGGCCGGGCCGUGGUGCUGCGCCACGGGGACCUGCUCUCGCUGGGCCUGUACUACCUGCUGCUGUUCAAGGACCCGACGCAGGCCCAGCCCCUGCCUGCCCAGGCCCUGGCCCGCCUCCAGGCCGCGCCGCAGGGCUGCAGGUUGUGCGGUGCCCUGCUCCGGGCCCGGGGUGCCUCCGCCUCCGCGCCGCCCGCCCUCCCCCGGCCGCGGCCGCUGCGCCUGGAGUUCGAGCCCGACGUGGAGGACGCCCUGCUGCAGCGGAUCCUGACGCUGGUGGAGCCGGGCGGCGAGGACCACCAGCUGACCCCCGCCUUCCUCCUCUGCCUCUGCAUCCAGCACUCAGCCACCCACCUCCCGCCAGGCUCCUUCGGGCAGCUCCUGCUCAAGAUAGCCAAGAUGAUCCGCGAGACGGUCUGGGAGAAAACCAAAGACCUCGCAGAGAAGCAGGCGCACCUGUAAGUACGGCCCCGUCAUUGUGCCCGUGGUCCCUCAGGCCAGCCAUCCCCCGAGGCCAGCUCUGUGUCUUUGUGUCAGGGUGCCUGUCUCCAUGUCUGGUAGCCACCCUGGGCAGUGGCGUGUCGGGGAGGUUUCUCCAGGGCGUCGCGG